AUGCCAAAUAAGAAUUUUAACGUCCCUAAACAAUACCCGAACCAAAGCUACAACCAGCAUUCAAUGCAAAACCAAUCCAUGCCUCAGCAGAAUAUGGCUCAAUAUCCAGUAAUGCAGCAAUUCAAUCAAAACAUGCAGAUGCAGGGCCCACAGCCCCAAAUGCCUUAUAUGGCAAAUUAUCCCCAGAACUAUAUGAACCAAAGCGGUCAAAUGCAUCCCAUGCAAAUGUCCCGAUCUUCAGUUAUGAGUGUCGAUAACAGUGGUAAUAUGCCUCGUGGAACCAUAAACAGUUACUAUGAAAACCAAUGCCCUCAAAACCUGCAACAUACACAAAACGUACAGUACCACCAACCUCCUUAUAAUACAGCACCAAACCUCAUGGGACCUCCACCACCUAAAAACAACCAGUUUAACAACCAAUAUUACAACCGGCAAUUGAACCAGUGGGAAUACGCUAAUCAGUACAAUAAAAUGAAAUCAGCACAGAACUCCGUAAACAUGUCAACGGGUAGUCAGAAACCUGUAAACAGUAUGCCUCCGAUCAACCAGGCCCUCAAAAACGGAGACACAGAUUGUAGCAUGAACAGUUUACGAAGUCAAAAUCAGCCAAGCGACGUUCAAGUGUGGGAUAUAUCUCAAUCCCAAAUUGAUGCAUCAAAUAAUAGAAAGAAACAGAAUAGCAUGCGGCAAGACACCUAUCAGAGAACUUUGGAGUACGUGGAGAAUUGUGAAAAUUGGAAGAGUUCAGAAAUGGUAUCCAGCAGCACUCAUCCCCUACAAGGUGGUGAUAAUAUGGUUGUUAAUGAUUUGCAGACGUCCUUAUCUUCAUUUUACGAAGAGAACCAAUAUCUCCAAAUGAUUCAGUAA